CCUGGGGUUGUUCCACACCUCCGCGAGCUUCUUCUGCCGACAGCUCCACUGGCUGUGACUUACUGUACCAUAUUAUUCCUUCAGCACACGGAUAGCGACAGCUUCGCUCAGCGACCCAGUCGGCCCAGCAUGGUGGACCAUUUGUCCAAUGCUUUAGCAACUCCAGCUCAGUUGUCAACCUCGUCAUCCUCACUGGAUGGCAUCCCGUCGGAUCUGGAGGCCUCCAUCCGUUAUGCUGGUGCGCUGCUGACACAAGCUGCCGGGAUUCUGUUGCGACUGUCGCAGGACAUCAUCGCACAGGCGAUAGUCACAUUUACGCGGUUUUGGAUCGGACCUGAGGGCGGUAGUCUUCGGAUUUACGCUGCCAAGGAUGUCUCCGCGGCUUCUCUCUACUUGUGCGCAAAGCUCUCGUUUCAGCCGACGUCUCCGCGUUCCGUUCUAAAUGUCUACACCUUCCUCCUAUCCCCAGACGCGUCUCCACUAUGGUUCGUCAACCCGAGAGGUGUGGCCAAGAAGCCUGCUCCGGAUACAUACUACCUGUCCGAAGGGACCUACCAGACUGAGCGGUUGGUUUUGAUGCGAAUCGAGUCGACGAUUCUUCGAACACUAGGCUUCAACACGCACGUCGCGCUGCCUCACACUAUCGCCCUGACGUAUCUGCAGACACUGGGGACAUCGUCUUCCGCCGUGGCCAAGCGCGUGUUCGAGCACCUUAAUGCGGCUCUCCUGUCGCCGCAGCUCCUCUAUGUAACUCACCAGCCGAAUUCCUUAGCGGUGGCAGCUAUAUACCUUGCGGCUCGGGAGACGGGUGUGAAGUUGGUCGAUGGGGAAUGGUGGGAGGUCUUUGAUGUUGAUCGAGAAGAGCUCGGGUUCCUGGUGGUGGGUAUGGGUAGCAUGGUGAAUUUCGCCAAGGCAGAAAGGGAGAAGUGGAAGACACGAGCUAUCCCGCUGGUGAUCGAUGAAGUGGAAGCAGAGAUGGAACGGAGAAAGAUGCUGGAGGAGGGUGAAUGAGCAUCGGACGUGAUGCGGACCGCAGUGCGUCUUCGUAACGUAUCUGCUGUCUGCACGGGCCAUAUCAUGAUCCUGCUGCUCGAGGCCUUUCGAGCGGACGGUAUCGGACUAUUGUGCGUAUGGUGCAACAAGCGCAGGACAAGAGAAUAGUCCAGCAGCUGCAACUUAUAUGUUGACUACGGACACCUCGACCAUGCACUGGGAUUGAAGUCUACUUGUCCAGCUUCAUUGCUGUGAUCAUAAUCCUGACAUGCAUGGUCACGUACAGACAGGGGAAUGCCAUAGCGCUUAUAACACUCCUGGUCUGCUGUAGUUUAUAAGAGACACCGGCCUUGACUCACCAUACAGAUGUGCACGUUAUGCAGACCGGAUGGUGGCGACUUUUAGAGCCAGAUAUGUAAUAUAGUACUAAGCCGUCUAUUGAAUCAGGAUAUGUCUGC